AUGGGCGAUUCCUGGGAGGAUUGGGAUGAUGAGGAGGCGGUGCCGGUAGUGCCCGUGCCUGGCUCCACCCUGGCGGCAGCAGACAUCAACUCCAAGUUUGCGGGGGAGGACGAGGAGGAGGAAGCCCCCAAGUGGAAAGCCAAUGUACCCAAGCCACAGGCCAAAGCCAAGAAGAUGUCCAAGUAUGACGAGAGCAAGGGACUGAGGAGCGCCGCGGAUGAGGGUCCCCUCGAUGAUCCCAUUGCAGAAAAACUGCGCCUGCAGCGGCUGGUGGAGGAGUCAGACUACCAGAAUGCCAUGGAGCUCUUUGGCACAGUGCGAGACUUGGAUGGCUUCGUGCCAAAGUCUGCCAAGGAUUUUGAAGAGUAUGCGGCCUCUAUUGUUGCCAAGUACCUGCUCCCACAUGCUAGCAACUCUAACUACAAGACGCUGCUGAAGCAGCUGUUCCGGAAGGCACUCACCCCUCUCACUGCCACAGACACCAAGGACGUGGAGACAUCUGUGGCUGGUGUGCGCUCUGAGAAGCUGAAGGAGGAGAAGGCGGCAACAGCGGGGAAGAAGGCGACCAAGAAGGGAUCCCUCAAUGUGGGGCGGAGUGGCGGCACAGCUGGCCUGGACGACUAUGUGUAUGACGACGUGGGUGUGGAUGAGGACUACGACUUCAUGUGA